AGGCUCGCAUGUAUACUAAGAAUAAACUAAAUGUUCCAUCUAAUCACGAAAGUAGCGGCAGAAAUUCCUAUGUUCUACCAAAGAGAACUAUUAUUAAUACGAUAGAUUGUGAUGUGGGAAAUUCCAAAAUCCACUACCCAAAGAAAAGCGGGCACUUUAAUUUAAUGUCAAAUAAGCAAGCUAAUAAAUCUCUGAUGCACAAUUCCUAUAACUCUCAAAUCAAGUCUGCCAGAAAGAGGCAUAAUCGAUCAAAUUCUAUCAGAGAGGACCUAGAAACUGCAAGUUUGAGCCCUGAAACUACAACUUCGAAGUUAUCAAAGGGGCAUAGCAACAUGAAGACAAACCCAAGGACUAUUGCACUUCGGCUAAAUCUGAGUGAGUACAACACUUCUGACAAUAAACCUUUCAAGAAGGCUAAAUAAAGUCAGUGGAGUGGCCACCGACCGGGACUGUAAGAAACUCGUACGAAAAUAAGCCCAAAAAAUCUGAAGGAAGAACCAGCGUUACACAAAACCAAAAGUUGAGGGUGAUCCAGACUGCAGGUCAUUCGAAGAACCCGUCUCUGAGUAACUCUAAUAGGGUUCAUGACUACCAGACAAAGAGAGAUAGGAAUCUGAAUAAGAUCUGGAUGAAAAUCAGAAAAAUUUCAACAAAGAGGUCAUCAAACCCGAGCAUGAAGAAGAAAAACACGAAGAAAAAGUUAGCACAUAUGGACUAUCCAGAAGGCAGGAAAUCGUACAAGACGCCAAUCAUCGACAAAACAGUAGUUUUGAAAGUCUCUCCAGAAAUUAGAAAGAUUAAAAAGAUGAAAGGGAUAAAAACAGCCCGAGUCAAGAAAAGUUCUGGGAAGAAGCCCAUCAAGUAUAAUUUAGAAAAGUGCUUGGGGUUGGGCACAGAUGAAAAUGCUAAUACUCCAUUGAAGCAAGCUCAAGAAAAUAGCAAUUUAGAUGAAUACCUUACCCGAAACUCAAAGGUUAGCGACACUCCUAGUAGUUCUAAAUGAUCAAUUAAACAAGCAGGAGAGAAUAACUCCUUACUUCUAAACACAAAUUAUGCCAGUUCAUUAGCACAAGAAGUGCAGUACCUAGAGUCCAAGAAGAAAUCUCUUCUGUGAGAUAUUGCUUCUCUAGAGCAUAAAGUCAAGACUCUCAAAGAUGAAAAGGAGGCUCUUGAGAUGGAGAAGGUACAAGACUAUUACCGAGAGAUACAAAUGAGAGACCAUAACAUAUUCCUUUAAAACAAU